CACUUAGGGAAACUGUGGUGCAGAAUUUAUCUCCUUACUUGAGGACAGUAACUCACAAAGCUGUUUUUGAAGAUUAAUGUUUAUAAAGCACUUGGAGGUCCACCAACAGGUGCUGUUCAUAAUAGCAGAAGGUAUAAAAUGGAGGACUUGCCUGGAUUGAGGAGGAAAGAAAGGGCACAACAGUCCAGCCAACAACUAUAGGGAUCAAUUAGCCCUUUUGGCCACCGCAUCACACUGCAAGCUCAUGUACAGCUGAUUAUCCACCACAAUCCCAAAAUCUUUUUGAGAGUCACUGCUUCUCAGCAUAGUGUCCCCCAAUCUUAUGAUGCUGUUCCAAUCCAGUCGAGUGUGGUUAUAUGUUCCUGCCCAUCCCCAUCAAUGGUGAGGAACCAGACAGAUUCCAGCACUCCAUCUGUCAUUACCACCUGUGGCAGCAGAAAGGGGUCUAACAUGGAGGGAACUGCAGCUGAAUCAAGGUCUAGUUCAAACUCCCUACAGCAACAUUCAGGACAACAGCCUCCACAGCCUCGAAAAAAACGACGUGAGAAUUUCAAAUUUGGGAAAAUUCUGGGUGAAGGAUCUUUCUCAACAGUUGUCUUGGCCCGAGAAUUGGCAACUUCCAGAGAAUAUGCCAUUAAAAUUCUAGAAAAACGUCAUAUCAUAAAAGAAAAUAAGGUCCCCUAUGUGACCAGAGAGAGAGAUGUAAUGUCCCGUCUGGAUCACCCUUUCUUUGUGAAACUCUACUUCACAUUUCAGGAUGAUGAAAAGCUGUAUUUUGGACUUAGCUAUGCCAAAAAUGGAGAGCUUCUAAAAUACAUUCGCAAAAUUGGCUCAUUUGAUGAGACUUGUACCAGGUUUUAUACUGCUGAAAUUGUAUCAGCAUUAGAGUACUUGCAUGGAAAGGGAAUAAUUCACAGGGACCUUAAGCCAGAGAACAUUUUGCUAAAUGAAGAGAUGCACAUUCAGAUAACAGACUUUGGAACAGCAAAAGUAUUAUCUGCAGAUAGUAGACAAGCACGGGCAAACUCAUUUGUAGGGACAGCGCAAUACGUUUCUCCGGAAUUAUUGACCGAAAAAUCUGCCUGUAAAAGUUCUGACCUCUGGGCUCUUGGAUGUAUAAUAUACCAGCUUGUAGCCGGAUUGCCACCAUUUAGAGCUGGCAAUGAAUAUCUUAUAUUUCAGAAGAUAAUUAAGUUGGAAUAUGACUUCCCAGAAAAAUUCUUCCCCAAGGCAAAAGACCUUGUGGAAAAGCUUUUGGUUCUGGAUGCUACAAAGAGAUUAGGCUGUGAAGAAAUGGGAGGGUAUGGACCUCUUAAGGCUCAUCCAUUCUUUGAAUCCAUUACAUGGGAGAAUCUGCAUCACCAGACACCCCCAAAGCUCACAGCAUAUUUACCCGCUAUGUCUGAAGAUGAUGAGGAUUGUUAUGGAAAUUAUGACAAUCUCCUGAGUCAGUUUGGUUGCAUGCAAGUUUCUGGUUCGGCAUCCUCCCCUUCGCUGUCUGCCCCAGAGACAAGUCACCCACAAACAUCAGGGAACAUAGAACAGUACAUUCAUGAUCUUGACAAUAACUCCUUUGAGUUGGACUUGCAGUUUUCUGAAGAUGAGAAGAGACUACUACUGGCAAAACAGGCUGGUGGAAAUCCAUGGCACCAGUUUGUAGAAAACAACUUAAUACUAAAAAUGGGUCCAGUAGAUAAAAGAAAGGGAUUGUUUGCUCGUCGGCGCCAAUUAUUGCUCACUGAAGGGCCCCAUCUCUAUUAUGUGGAUCCUGUCAACAAAGUUCUGAAAGGAGAAAUUCCAUGGUCACUAGAGCUACGACCUGAAGCCAAGAAUUUUAAGACCUUUUUUGUUCAUACAGAUGAAACGGGUGCCUAUUUAAUAGACAGAGACCCGACCUACUUUGGGCCAGUACUGAACUAUCUCAGACAUGGAAAACUCGUUAUUAACAAGGACCUAGCUGAGGAAGGUGUACUGGAAGAAGCUGAAUUCUACAAUAUCACAUCACUAAUAAAAUUGGUAAAGGACAAAAUAAGAGAGAGAGACAGCAAAAUCUCACAGGUGCCAGUCAAACACGUGUACAGGGUGCUGCAGUGUCAGGAGGAGGAGCUCACCCAAAUGGUCUCCACCAUGUCUGAUGGCUGGAAAUUUGAACAGUUGGUCAAUAUUGGUUCUUCCUAUAACUAUGGAAAUGAAGAUCAGGCUGAAUUUCUGUGUGUUGUCUCGAAGGAGCUGCAUAAUACCCCCUAUGGCACAACCAGCGAGCCCAGUGAAAAAGCAAAGAGCGAGGAUGAAGAGACGGAUUACGAUAUGAAUGACUCAGAUUAAGUGUAAAUGUCAUGAUUUUGCAAGAGCGAGGUUCCAGGAUGUGAAGACCAUAUUGAACACUGAAGAAUAUUUCUUUUAUUCCAAGAUGCAGUGAAUUAUCACAUUGAAGAGGCUUGGCUGUGAGAGGAAGAAAUCUGCUUUAGAUAAUUUUCUAUUGAUCUGGAUUGAACCAUUUAUGCCUAUAAGCUGGUAUAGACUGAAUUUGCUGGCUGAAAACAUCGCAAGAUUAUUGAAUGGGAAGAGAUGAUGUGAGAGAGGUGUUAAUCUUGGUUCUAGUGCAUGGUUGUACUCUCUCAUGGGCUGAAUUAUAUUGGUCACAUAAAAAGAAACAAUCAUGCACUCAUAUUUUCCUCUGAGACAUGUAGCACUUACAUCUGGUGCUGGGUGAUCCAGUGUUGAUCAGUUUGAAAUGAUUUGGGUAUUAAUAAUUGCAAACAGUUAAAGGACACUGUAUUUGGUGCUACAUAUAUAUUACAGCCCAUAAAUGCAAAUAUUUGGGCCUACAUAGUUGGUUUUGGAAUCAAUGACAACCCCGGUUUACUAUCUUAUACUGCACAUUCCUUAUGGCUCAGUGACACAUUUUCUAUUAGGUAAGAAUGGAGUAGAAGAUCAAGUGAAACUACCUUGUAAAAAGUUACACCCCAGACAAAAGAUUCCCAUAAAGAAUAGGUGUAAAAUACUGACUGGGUUGAUGGCUUAUUUUAAUAGUCAAAGGGAAUACUAAACUUGGAGAAAAUGUCUUUUGUCUGAGUCAUCUCUAAUGUUUCUGCUGUCAAAAUAACUUCCUCCUGCAAAAGUUAAGCUCCAGUCUUAGCCAAAUGUUUGAAAGGAAAAUCAAAAUUUCUUAAAUUAUUGUCACAACUGAACAUUUUGUCUCUUUUGAAAUGUUUGUUGCUAACCAAAUGUUGUACAUUUUAGAAAUGCCUACAAGUGUCAAGCUCCUCUUGGAUUUUGUUGGGUAUUUUAAGAGCUGGAGUUUGUGUAGCUACAUGGCUGGAUAGUGUUAGAUUUUGAUCUCGGUGAAUGGGUUUAAAGUUACCCUAAGAGCAAACACAAGUUCACCCAAUUAAAAAUCUGAAUUAAUUGCUUUGAAUUUUCAGGAUGUUUACAGUCCAUCUCUCUACAUUGUUUCAACUAUGCAGUUCUUUAUGAUGUUUCUAAGAAUGCUGCCUGAAAACAUUUUCACACGGCUGCAUUAGGACAGGCCUGUGGUAAAUGUUAACACACAAGACUGGAGCUUUUUAGUGCAUUGUGUUUUAAACAAAACCAGUAGCAUGACUCUUUGAAAUAGAUUUAACUAAAUUGAUUGUAAAAAAGUAAAACUCUCGAUUCUUGAAGCUUCAUUGGCUUACAUAGCUCUAGGUGGAGCAGUGGAUGGGAGUUUAAACCGGAUUGUCCAAGACGGUCUGGAAUUCUAAAAGCAUUUAAAACUGUUUCAUUAAAUAACUUUAGAAUUUUUACAUAUACCAUAUCCUCUACCAGUAAAAUGUGUAAUCCUCCACGUGAAAACCAGUUUCUCAAGUGUCUUGGGUCUACCUAGAUUUUUUAAGACUUAUUGUACAUUGAUAAGUUUGGCAUAAACAAUUUGUAAAACCAUUUCUAGAAAGCAUGUUAUGCAGUGGGCUAAAUGUUUUGUCAUGCAUCUAAUGCUUGAGAGAGUUUGUAAAGCAUUUUGCCACUUGGAUACAGUCUGCACAGGAAGCUGCUGGCCCCUCCACAAUACCACAUUAAUGUGUUUUGUCUUUUUUUAAGAUGUUAGGACCUAACUGAAUUUACUAAAAUGUAAUUAUUCUGUAGGGGGAAAUGUUUAUACUUUUAUACUUUUUUUUUUGUAGGCAUCCAUGUUUUAGGCAUUAACUUGAGGCUGAUAAAUUUCCCCUAAAUAGUAACAGAUAAUCUUGUGUAUCUAAAGAUAAGCAUAGCGGUUGUUUUUCUUAAAAUGCGUACUAAAGCAUUUCCUUUGCUGGAAAAGUCACUGUGUUUAAGCAGCUUGACACAACCCAUGUUCUUCAGGUUCCAUGGCUCAUGGAAUUGUGGCCUUUAAAGCUUCCUAUUUUCUGCUGGGCUCUACAGAGUAAAUUCAGCAUUGGAUUAAAUGGCUUUUAAUGCCUUAUAAUAAUUAAAAAUAUAUAUUGAUAUCAUUCCAAAAUCUGCAUUUUUGUCUGUUGUCUUCUGUUAAACAAAAGAAGGCAGAAGAUUUGAUUUUCAUAAACUACCUGAGAUCCUUAAGGAUUGCAGAAGCAAAACAAUGAGUAAGAAACUGAGAAAAUUGAAACAACUUGGAGGAUAUAUAUGAAAAGGGACCACUUUUAGAGAGUGGCAUUUUCACUGGAAUAUUUUAUGGUAUAAUUUCCUUUUUUUUUUUUUUUGGUGUGAUUAUCUGCACCCUGGUUUACAUUGUCCCUUGUAGUAGCAAAAAUUAUUUUGGGGAAGAGUUUGAAUCAUUAACAUUUUGCACUUUCUCUGAUACCUCACAGAGCUUUUGUCUCUCUCUUCAGCAAAAAAAUAAUAAAUUAUUAGGCAAAUAUCUGGUAAAUAAUUUUGCAAGCUGCUGUAGCAGACCUUGUCAACUAAUCUUCUGUUCUUGCUCUUACCCUUAUUAAUUUCAUAUUUCUUGAACAUCUGAGACAUUCACUUAGGUGCAUGUACAGUAGAACCUCAGAGUUAAGAAAACAUUGGGAAUGGAGGUUGUUCAUAACUGAAAUGUACAUAACUCUGAACAAAACAUAAUGGUUCUUUCAAAAGUUUACAACUGAACAUUGACUUAAUACAGCUUUGAAACUUUAUUAUGCAGAUGGAAAAUGCUACUUUUAUCCAUCUUAAUUUAAAUGAAACAAGCACAAGGACAGUAUCUUUACCUAUCAAAUCUUUUUUUAAACCUUCCCUUUAUAAUAGUUUACAUUUAACACAGUAAUGUACUGUCUUGUUUUGCUUUGUUUUUUGUCUCUGCUGAUGCCUGAUUGAGGCAAAUGAGGAGUGUGGUUGACUGGUCAGUUUGUAACUCUGAGGUUCUACUGUACUAUCAGAUUCUUUUCCUAAAGCCCCAGGAGUUUCCCUUUACUAAAAUCUGGUUUCUUUUUGUAUUGAAAUCUGGUAACUUAGAAUAAGGUUAGCUACACUAGGUAGACAGGACGGUCAGGUCAGACUCUUUGUAAGCUACUUUAUCAAUAGAUGAAACAGUAUUACAGCCCUAGAUUUUAAAUCAUGAGCAUGGGUAGGUUAUAGCAGAAAAAUGAGGGUACCCUAGAUCAGCUUUUCAUACAAGGGGCAAUUUAUCUUUCUUGAGUCAGUUAUUACCAUUUUAUGGAAGGCCCAAUUUCCUGACCUAACAGGUGUACAAACAUUCUCCAUCUAAGUGUAUCAAUCAUUUGGAGCUAUAUACACGGACCCAACAGAUGACUUAAGUAGAGAAUUAGACUGAUUUUCACUGGGAUUCUUUAAACCGUUUUAAAUGAGACCCAGAAGUUUUACAAACCUUUUAAAAACACAGUAAGUUUAAAUUUGUAACAUUUAAGUAUUACCACAGAAACCACUGUAGACUUAAAUCAGGAAAAAAGUGAAACUAUUGGUAUUGGAUUUUGUAAUGACCAAUUUCUGGCUUCAGGGGAAAUAAUUGUAAAUCAAACACUUUUGGCUGUUUUUCAAACAAUACUUCAAUCCAAGUUUAAUUGUAGUCCCAUGAACCAUUUUAACCAAUUGAAAUUGAUUGUACUUAAAGCCUAAAUUGCUGCUCCUCUGUUAAACCUGGGAGCCAUUAUGGAAUUUUUCUCAAUCCUUGGUGAGUCUGUAUCAAACAUAGUCCACUUACAAGUAAGAAGAAGACCUUUGUCUGCUCCUCCUGCAAAUUCACCCUGAGCUCUGAGAGCCAGCGGGUCUCUUUCCAUCUUUCAUUUCAGCACCAAUUAAAGGUUCUGGUGGAUGACUUAAGCUGCAGUUGCAUCUGUGCUACUCCAUUGUUUUCAAAUUCUUCCCUGAAUGACACUUACGCUGUACCUUUCCAAGCAAUGGGUUUGCACAGGUGUAACAUUUAAAAUUACUAAACAAGCCCUUUGAUGAAUGUCAAAUAUAAUCCAGCCCCUUCUGUAGCUGUGUUGGUUUUGCAUGGCUAAAAGUAAGAAGAAAAAAAAAAAGUAAAGAUUUAUUUUGACACUAAAGUUGACAGAUCUAACUCUGAUCACACCUAAAGAGCAGGUCUGUUGAGUAAUAUGGCGGUGUUUUCACAUAGCCAGUUUUGAGACAGAGCUGCACUUCAAGCUGCAGAGCUUCUUGUUUCAGGGGUGGGGGAGGAAACAGGUGUUGUUUGUGCAGGGAAGCACUGUAGGACUCUACUCCAGCUAAUGAAUGCUGGUUCGUUGGGAACCUCUGCUAUAUUCUAGCCUGCAAUGAGUUUGAGGUGCAAGGACAGCAACAGCACGUUCUGUCUGAAGUUAAUAGUCCAGAACCUGGGUGGUACACUUUAAUCCAGUCAGUCUGGUGUUUGGGGGAACAGCUUCCUGAGGAGUGCGGAAGAAUGUUAGGACGGGUCUUCACGUGGCAACGCUUUAACGUGGCUGUGUAUUUGCAGCACCAGUGCUGGGAGAGAGCUCUACUCCCAAGAGGGAAGUAACUCCCAGCGCUGGUGCACUGUCUACACUGCCACUUAACAGCGCUGCCACUUUCAAGUGGCAGUGUAGACAAGGCUUAAGAAAUGGGCCUUUUCCUCCAAGUAGAAACCUAACAAAAGAGCCAGCAGUUUGGGUGGCAUUCAGGGAGGGUGGGGUUGAGAAUCUCUUUGAAUUUCAUUUGCACCAUAUCAUAAACCUUCCCCUUCCCAGGAGAUGUGAAUGCAGCUCUUUCAAAUUACUGCUGUUCUUCAGUCAGCCCUUGCAUCUGGGGUCUUAGGAAAGAGUUUCUUUUCUUCAGCAGCAUCCUUGUUGGCUCAGAAGCCUGGGACUACAACUGCUGAUGGCCAGCAGCUCAAAACAUCCCAUUGCUAACAGAAAGCAAUUUUGAAAUAUGUAAGUCCUGAAGUUGCUCCCUGUUUGUUUUUGUACAUUUUAUAUUGCAUCUGUUUCCUGCUUUAGGGACCAUCUCAGGAUCCCAGUUAGAUCUGUGUAUGUAAAAUAGGUGACUCAGGAACAGAGAAUCCCAUCAGUAUUCACUUAAAUGUUCAGGAGACUCUCCAAACUCCCUUGGAAGGUAACUGGUAGUAUCGUAAAAAAAAUCGAGGAGUCCUUGUGGCACAUUAGAGACUGCGAAAGGCAACUGUCUUUAAAGGCUUAUUGCCAAAUAGAUGCUUUAAAGGGCUAAAUCUUCCACACUUUAUUGUUCAGUUUGCCUAAGGUAACUAUCACAGACAGAAGGAAUUCUCAGCGUUUUGAAUUCAGACAUGCUAAGGGCUAAUACACCUCCCAGGGCUAAUUUGAAGUUCCAGUUAAAUGUGCAUAAAUAUUUUUAAAGACCAGCUAUUGCAUUUUUCUAAUAUCUUACAAACUCUGAACAUCCAUAUUAGAAACAUUAUGAGCCAAUCACAAAUAGCAGCUCUUUAAUUUUUGUUACACUCCAGCCUCCAUCUUGGUAGGACUGCAAGUGCAGAAGAUGGCACAAUCAGCUGUCACUCUCUUGUGUAAAUAUUGAAACUUAACAGCUUCUGUUAAUAAAACUGGGAAUAAGGAGACUUUGGGAAGGUUCUCCUUGCUCAGGAAAUAGUCAUUGGUUAUUCCAUUGCAGUUUAGCUUCCCUUUACUUUAGCCAAGUCUAACAAGGAAUACAGUCUUGUAAAACUCAGUAACGCUGUUGCAAAUGUAGCUGUCAAUGAAUAUUCGAAGGGCUCUUAUUAGGAUAUUAGUGAUAGUUACAUUGACUGCCAUGGAGAGAGAGAAAUCUACAUUAUAGCGUAGAAAGCUACCUUAUUACUUCUGGGUGAUUUCACGCUUUUACUGUAACACUUGUGUAGACAGUGCUCUCCCUCAGAAGUUAAAGGACUGAAGGCCGAGCUUAAAUUUUGACCCACCUUAACAAUGGUCCCAUCUCCAAGGCUUGGCUUUCUGGAAUCUAGUGGCUGAUGUAUUUGUGUGCCUGGCUCAUGCUCCAUUUGCAGAUUCCCCCCCCCCCCUCCCAAGCUUGUGCGCACUUAACCUAAAGUACACUUGGCCCAUGUGUGUUUGCCAGGAAAGAGCAAGUGCCUAUGCACUAUAGGCCAAAUAGUGCCAACCUGACUACUAGGAACUGAAUCAAGACCACAGAACCAUUUUCUUUAUAUCACUGAACAGAUAUCAGAGGGCAACUACUUUCAGCCACUGCUGACUUGAGCCCGAUUUGAACCUGGGUUUGAACAUCUUCAUUUCCAAUGGGCUGUCCAGGUCUCCUUUACCCAAUUCACCAGUUUUAUUGGUGGUCUGACAGUAAGUUGUGCAUCAGCUGUUUGUGUUAGGGCCCAGGAGGACAUACUUGCAAUGUUUUAUUUCCUGGAUAGUGGAUUAGCAAUAACAGUUUCCUUUUGUGCCAGUUCAUUAUCUCUGAAGUGUUCUUAUUGCAGCAAAGUUUGAAUUCUGAUAUGGCUUUAAUGCUUUUGCAUGAGCCAAGAUGAUUAGCAUAGAAAUUGACAUGGAGCUGAAUCCAGAAAGUUCCCUGGAUAAACCUCUAGUAGGGCUUCCCAACUUGUUUUAAGGUAGAUGCCGUUACCCAUCAUUUUUAGAACAAAUAUACAACUAAAACAUGAAUGGGUAUUUUUAACCUCCUUUUCGUAACACUAUUGUAAAAUGCAUGAAAUAAACCUGUUUUUCCCUUUUAA